UAAUAAACAAAUCUGUAAACGACCUGCCGAACAACCCAUCGUUAACCUCCCUCUAACCACACCUCUAACAAACCCAAUCUAUACUUAACUUAAUACCCUACUCUACCUAAAAACCACACCCAUCGCCGAACAUAAAACACUGCCCGCCCCAUCUCCACAGCGGCAGACUCAUCAUCCCAGCUGCACAUCACCUUUGUUCCAGUCCGCACUGAACCCUUGUCGUUCCGCUGUCUUGUCUUGCGUGUCCCUGAUUCCCUACCCUACCCGCCGAGACUAUAAGUUCCCUGGACAAGGACCCCCUCCGUUUUUGCCGCCCGAUCCUACCGCCCUCCCCCCCUCACCUUCCACCCCACACAACCGCUCGGCCAAACCCAAGUUCCGCCGUCCACCUCACCUACCUCCUCCCUCCUCCACAUCGACAACACACGGAAAAGCCGCGUCUGUUUUGUCGCCGCUUCGACAUCACCAAAAACCUCACAAAACCACAACUCGCACAUACAUACACACACACAAGUACACACAAAGCCUUUGCAUAAAUCCUCACCAUGUCGGGGUAUCCAGGCGCGGGCUAUAGCGGCGGCGGCGGCGGCGGUGGAUAUGGUCCUCCCCAGCAGCAGUACCCGCCCCAACAGCAUUACCAGUCACAACCACAAUACGGCGGCUACGGCGCUCCCCAGCAGCAGCAGCAAUAUGGCGGCGGAUACCAGCAGGGACCGCCGCCGCAGCAGCACUAUGGUGGUGGGUACCAGCAGCAACAGCAGCCCCCGCCUCAACAGUAUGGCGGAUACAACGGUAUGCCCCAGAACCGUGCCGACUAUGGCAGACCAGGUAUCCCAACCGUAAACUCCAACGCCUACGUGCACGGCAACCACCAAGCUCCCGCGCCCCCUCCCAGCGCGCCUCAAGGUUUCGGCUCCGGCGCGCCGCAGGACUACAACUUCCAAUACUCGAACUGCACGGGCCGUCGCAAGGCGCUGCUGAUCGGGAUCAACUAUUUCGGGCAGCGGGGCCAGCUGCGCGGGUGCAUCAACGACGUCAAGAACAUGUCUAGUUACCUGUUUGAGAACUUUGGGUAUAAGAGGGAGGAUAUGGUGAUUUUGACGGACGAUCUGCAGAAUCCAAUGAGCCAGCCGACGAAGCAGAAUAUUUUGAGGGCGAUGCAUUGGUUGGUUAAGGAUGCGAGGCCGAAUGAUGCGUUGUUCUUUCAUUAUUCCGGACACGGAGGCCAAACCAAAGACCUCGACGGCGACGAACCCGACGGCUACGACGAGGUCAUCUACCCCGUCGACUUCCGCCAAGUCGGCCACAUCGUCGACGACGAAAUGCACCGCAUCAUGGUGACCCCCCUCAGCCCCGGCGUCCGCCUAACCGCCAUCUUCGACUCCUGCCACUCCGGCACCGCCCUGGACCUUCCCUACAUCUACUCCACCCAGGGCAUCCUCAAAGAGCCCAACCUCGCCAAGGAAGCCGGCCAAGGCCUGCUGUCUGUCAUCUCGUCCUACUCCCGCGGCGACAUGGGCGGAGUGGCAAGCAACGUCAUGGGCUUCCUCAAGAAAGCUACUAGUGGCGAUGAGGCCUACAACAGGACGGUGGCGACGAAGACGUCGCCGGCGGAUGUGGUGAUGUGGAGCGGGAGCAAGGAUGACCAGACGAGUGCGGAUGCGUCGAUUGCGUCGCAGGCGACGGGGGCGAUGAGCUGGGCGUUUAUUACGGCGAUGAAGAAGAAUCCGCAGCAGAGCUAUGUGCAGCUGCUUAAUAGUAUUAGGGAUGAGUUGGCGACGAAGUAUACGCAGAAGCCGCAGUUGAGCUGUAGUCAUCCUUUGAACACGAACCUCCUCUUCGUCAUGUAAACCCCCCUCUCACGGGUUAUCCUCCCUCACUGCGCCAAGAAAAGAAUGGCGGGUGUACGGGGAAUAGAACGAAGCACAGGUCAUCUCCAAAUGACAACUCUGAUACUCAAAAAAUCGUCGUACAGUCUCAAGGUCUCAAGGUCUCAAGCGUCUUCAGGAUAUGAUGGACUGGGAAGGAAGGGAAAGGAAAGGGCUGGCGUUUGCGCGCUGCGUUGUUUUUUUCUCGUUGGAUUUAGAUGCGUUGCGAUGUGAUAUGAUGCCUGGGUUUUCCUACUCGUACAGUAUAGCGCCGUGCAGCGUGGUGUCUGUUUGGUAGCGUAGAUGGAAUCGAGGACAUUACUGGUGUACCUACUUACCCUGUCAUUUCUGAAGUUAAGCUGUG